UUUUUUUUUUUUUUUUGCAGGAGCACAUCGACGGAACCCGAGCUGUCCUUUGACGAAGCAUCUUCAUCACUGCCUGAUCAUCAUUUUGAUGAUGAGCUCGACAAGCAUAUGCUACAGAUUAUCACCGAUGUCAAAUAUGUGAAAAAAAGGCCAAAAUUUGUGGCCAAUUUAGGUGAGGUGAAUUUUCAACGAGAAUGUUUGGAUGCACACAAUGUUGUUCGGUCUAAAUACGGUAGUCAAAAGCUUCUAUGGUCUCAGGAGCUUGCAGAUCUAGCUCAUACUUGGGCAGUUAAACUUGCUGACAAGGGACGAAUAUUGUACCCGGAAUUACCAGGUAACUUUCUUUUUUUUUGCCUUCUCUUAUCUCUUAUUCACUUAAAAAAAUGCUUAGAUUUUCUUCAAAUAUAUUAA